AUGGAGGCGGAAGAUCCGGGCCGGGCUCCGAGGCGAGGCGAGCCGAGCCGAGCAGAGCCGAGCCCCCGCCUGCGCCGAAGACAGCAGGGGUCGGAGGCCCAGCGCGACUCCCCGGCCUCGCUGCCUAGCCCCCGGCCCCCGGCGCCCCGCGGCCCCGAGCUGGACCCGCACCCGGUGCCCGAGCCCUUCUCCGUGGCCGGCCUGCUGGGCGCGCCGCCCUCCGCCGGCCCGGGCGGGGUCGCGGGCCCCCGCGCGCCCCUCGCGGUGCUCCUGUGCCGCGUGUGCCUGGAAGACAAGCCCAUCGAACCCCUGCCCUGCUGCGGGAAGGCCUUGUGCGGAGAGUGCCUCCAAGCCUACCUGAGCGCGCAGGUACAGCUUGGCCAAGUAGAAAUCAAAUGCCCCAUCACCGAGUGCUUCGAAUUCCUGGAAGAAACAACUGUUGUCUACAACCUAACAUAUGAGGACUCCAUCAAGUAUAAGUACUUCCUGGAGCUUGGUCACAUUGAUUCCAGCACGAAGCCGUGUCCUCAGUGCAAGCACUUUACAACCGUUAAGAAGAAAGGACAUAUUCCUACCCCUUCCAGAUCAGAGAGCAAAUACAAACGCCACCUGGGGGAUGAAGCCUUGGCCGCCGCAGACCUCUGGACACUCCCAACCAGGCCGAAGAUCCAGUGCCCCGCUUGCCAGUUUGUCUGGUGUUUUAAGUGCCACUCCCCUUGGCACGAAGGUGUCAGUUGCAAAGAGUACAGAAAAGGAGACAAACUGCUGCGUCACUGGGCCAGCGAAAUCGAGCACGGGCAGAGGAAUGCCCAGAAGUGUCCAAAGUGCAAGAUCCACAUCCAGAAAACCGAAGGUUGUGACCACAUGACCUGUUCCCAGUGCAACACUAAUUUUUGUUACCGGUGUGGGGAGAGAUACCGCCAGCUCCGGUUUUUUGGAGACCACACAUCAAACCUCAGUAUAUUUGGAUGCAAAUAUCGCUACCUCCCAGAGAGACCCCAUUUACGGAGACUAGUGCGAGGGUCAGUCUGUGCUGGAAAAUUGUUCAUUGCACCUCUAAUCCUGGUUUUGGGAUUAGCACUAGGGGCCAUAGCAGUUGUAAUCGGGUUAUUUGUAUUUCCCAUCUAUUGCCUUUGUAAAAAACAGAGAAAGCGGUCUCGGACUGGAAUGGACUAGCGGAGUGCAGACGACUUCACCUGAUUGGCUGCGUCCCACCCAGGAGGAGCCUCUGCCAUCCUCCGAGGCCCUUGAGGCCACAAGGCCUCUAGCUACGGUGCACUCCCACCAUGGUGUCCCACCCUUUCCUAAACCAAUUGCUGCUUUUCAAAAAUGGUCACUUUCAUAAACUACGAGUACCUAUAUCAUAGCUCUGACCUUUGUGGUUCUUGGAAGAAAAUAUUUUAAUUGAGAACCAGUCAUCCUCAGCAUUGUUCUGAGGGCGGAUCUCCUGAGGGUUGCUUGGACUGUCGUUGAGCCCUGAGCCUUCCGGCCUGUCCGUGAGACUCCGUGUGAAUGGUGACGUCCUGUCUGUCGCAACAAGUGAGGCCACUUUCCAGAAUCCACAGGUUCACUGAAAGCGCCUGUUAUUAUGAGUGGCCCAAGCAGUAGAAUUCCUUCCUCCUUCGGAUACUGUAAUUGCUAAAAAUUUCCGUGCCCAAAAGGGAGCUGAUGAAACUAAAUGAACAAGAAGACUCGUGAGUCACUGCAGUGUGUGUGUGUAGGGUUGUGAAUGUGUGUGUCUAUAAGUAUCUAUUAAAACAGAGCUCAGUUACCUUGUGCUUAUCUAUUUCUAUGCCUCUACACUGUUUUUUCACAUUUUCAUAAAACUAUUUAGAGUUUAUGGUUCCGCUGUGGGCAUAAUUUGGGGUUGUAGUAAAUUAAAGCCAAUGUAGCCAACAGGCUGUUUCAGUGGUGACCGUUGCUAUUGUAAACUGAAAAUACAGGAUGCUUUUAGGAAAUUCUCAAGUCCCAAAGAGUCAGUAUUUUCAGAUUUCUUAUAUUUUGGCAUAAAUGUUCUACUCUAUAAAUAAGUAUUUCAUAUGAGAUUAUUUAAUCUAGAGAACAAGUUUGCUCUAGCUCUAUUCCACUAUUUUUUAAAUUACCAGCUUAUAAUUAUAGAAAACUUCUCUUUAGGUCGAAGUUUUAAAUUAUUUAAUACCCCAGCCUCUUCUCUUUGUUUAUUUGUUCCCAAGUUUUUCAUGAAAAUAAAUAUUAGUCUUGAAGGAUUUUUCUUAUGUUUACUGCUCAGAUGCAUAAUAAUUUGGGGAACCUUUUUAUGGGGGGGUAAUUUAAAAACAAAAUUUUCUUUGUUCACAGAUUCAUUUAAAAUAUAAACUAUUUUUAGAGAAGGAAACCAAAAAAUUAAAAAUUAUUUUCAGGCUAUUUCCUAAGGUGUGAAUUCUUUGAAAAUAAAAGGACAAUUAAUGAAUAUUCUUUUGUUUUCAUCACCAAAGCUCAACAACUUCUAUUGGAAGAAAAAGUCCCUGAAAAGCCUAACAUUCCCAGGUAUCUCCAGUCUCAAAAUUAACUGUCUGCUUAAAAGUACAGUUAAUUUGUCAGCAACCUCAUCAGACUUGAAAUAGAUUGCAUGGUAAAACACACAUUGACGUGAGUAGGUUCAGUUGUCUUGGGCUCCAGAAUGUUAAAAUAUUGUAUCAUUUUUGUUUGCCCUUCAAGUCCCUGACAGUAACAGUUACUUGUGCACAAGCCAGCCUGCUUGCAUUCUUUCUGAAUCAUAAGACAUAGCUCCACAGCUUGUGGGCUGAGCGUGUGCUGCCGCCGGUUAGAGGAGGGCGUGGCAUCUGUGUUUCUAGGGCAUAUCAGGAGCCCGGAAGAGGCGAUGUUCCUGUUCACAAAUUCCUUUUUCUGUCCGUCCAUCUGACAGCUGUUUACUGAGGGCAUGCUGUAGGUGGCUGCUGCAGUAUUAAGCUGAAAGAAGGAAUCUCUUAUCUCAGAUACAUAUGUCUGUCAUAAAAGUGCUUAAUCUUUUGAAAUUCAUCUUUGCUGGUUUUAGGCAUCAGUUUGGUAGUGUACAAACACAAGGAAUUCUCAUGCUAGUGGAUCUGUAUAUGUAUCUCUGUAGCAUAAAGAUACCUAGACCAGUACUACAUACCAAGUAGCUGACGAUAUAUUCUGGUCAUACAUCAUCUAUUUUCUUAGGUUAUUUUGUCUGUUGUCUUUGGCCUACUCAGGGAUUUUUAUUCCUUGUCUUUGAAUAACUUAUCUUUUAGACCUAUUUUUAUAUGAUUUGGAAAAAUUUCCAAUAUACCACUUCCAAAAGCGCUGUCUGUCCCCAGUUGAAGCUGUUUGCACAAUGUGUGAGAGACAGUGCCCUGUAUUGCAUGGGAUUUUCAUUUUCCUAUUGCAUAGAUUUUAAAAAUAAAUAUAUGCAUGUUUCCCUUUAAAGGUUGCUGGAUAUUAGGCUUUUCCCUGCUGGUAAUUUAAAAGUAAUUAUUUGUGAAUUUUUUUUACUAAAUUUCAAGAUCUUUAAAAGAGAGAUGAAGAGAAAAAAGGAUUAUUUAUAUGUCAGUGCCAACUUUGAAGGUAAAACAGUAGUAACUUUUAGGAUAAAUUCUGAAAACAGAAAUUUAGAAACAGAUGUGUGCACAUUAAAUAUAUAUCUUUCUAUCCAAGGCUUGUCAGUUUUAUAUGUUUUUAUUAUAAAUUUAAUAUAUACUCCCUUAAAAAUCAAGCUACAUAUAAAUUAUGAAAUACAAACCCCUGUUUACCCUGCCUCUUAUUUUAUAGGGGUAGCCACUGUUAAUGGUUUGGUAUGUGUUCUUCCAAACAUUUUCUAAAAAUUUACAAAUAAAUGUGUGUGUUGUGUGUGCAUCACAUUUAUUAGUUUUAUACAAAUUGAAUAAUAAUAUUCUUACUUUGCUGUGACUCUUACAUUUCAUUAUAUAUUGAUAGAUACCUUUGCAUAGAGUUUAUAUAGAUUUACCUCACUCUUCUGUAAAUGACCGCGUCAUCCGCGGUAGGACUGCACUCUAACUGAUUUGCUUUCCUGUCGAGUGGACACCAAGAUGGUUUUACUUCCUUCUUACAAAGAGCCAGUGAACACCCUUUUUUCUAUCUAUUUUCACUUUGUGUGAGCACAUCUGUAAGUUUUUUAUUUGGUUUUUAUCUGAUGUUUUUAAUAAAGAACUUAAUGCGGGAAUUUUCAGGAAAUAAGAUCGUAGAAAUAAAUGUAUUUGAUAGUGAAGGAAAGACUGUACAAGAAGUGUGAAAGUUUUAAAGAAAAGCAUCUUUGGAAGGAUAACUUCCUCCCUGCUUGGUUCACCAAAUAAGUACCUUGCCAAAACAUACAUAAGAAAAUUACUCGUUUUGCAAUAAAAAUAAAAUCUCUUUCAGAUGAUGUGAGAAGGCUGAAUUGAUUUUUGGAUUGCCUGCUCCUAAAACGUGAAUCGUGCCAAAUUGACAAUCCUCGUCACAUCUUUAAAAGCGUUGUCCAAGUCAGUGCGCUCUGCACCCCACCGGGACUUGAUUGUGCCGUGCAGAGAAGCGGGAAACGGUGCGCGCACAAUUCCAGGCGCCCGCAGAAAGACUCCGUAGGCUCGGUGGGAGGACCGCAGGUGAUGGAACAGCCCUCGGCCUUCGUUCUGUCGUGAGUGUCACCCUCCCGCGGGAUGGCUGCUUACAGAGUCGGAGAGGAGAGGCCCAGCGCUGGAGCACGGGCAGCAUCCUGUUGCCACCACCUUUACCUUCCGACAGACAGGCACUGUUGGUCCUGAGAGGAGAACAGACAGUUGCGCACCUUCAGGCUAAGGCCAGGUCUGGGUUGCGCUUGCUUCGCGUGGGACGACUCCGUGGUGCUGUCAGGAUGAGCCCUGCUCUGUGGCCUCGUCACUCGCUUCCAACUCCCUCACUGACCCUGUAGCUUUCCAUCCCACCCCUGCCGUGGCACUAGUCCAGUUUGAACCUCGGCUAAACCAUCCCAAUUUCUCCCUUGUUAAACAGGCGCAGCUGUAUUGACUUUCGACUUCUAUGCUGCCUGGUGAAUUGAUAAUUAUAAAAAUGCUAGUGGUCUAAAUGAGAUUCGUUGGUGUACUUCAUUAAGUACGAACCUAAGAACAUUCGUACCAAAAGCCAUUUUAGGCUUUGUCUUCAUAGAGGCAAGCAGCAUAUAUUCCUUUAGUGUGAGCGUUCACAUUGAUAAUUUGCUUAUCCUUCUAUAUUUGUGGCUGAAAUCCAUCCCUGCAAUUGUCAUUUUCCCUGUGGUCAGCACCAUGUUUUUGUGUUGCUGUUUAUUAUAGAUACAGCCUUAAAAUUCCAUAUUGUGCUUUAAAAUACUUGUGGUAUUUAAAUACCUUAAUGACAUGCAUAAAGCAACUAAUACAUACAUGUUAACAGAAUGGAGUAGAAGUGUUACCAAAUAUGUGUUCAUCUCUUCAAAUUUGUGGAGAAUCAGUAGCUAAAAAUUUGAAACAAGUAAAACAUACCUGAAAAAAAAUGCAGCGCUUUGUAAAAUUAUAGUAAUCCUGGAAACUGGUUAUCAACAGUUUGUUUGGAGCUCAAAUAUAAUGACUAAUACUUAACAGAUGUUAUUACCUGAUAACUUAGUUGAGAUGUUUCUUUAAAAUACUAUUAAUUUCUAUUAACGUCAUUUACAUAGUUUACAAAUUUUAUAAAAAGAAAUUUCUCUGACCAGAAACAUGGGAAAUCAAGACCAUUUGAACUUAUUUUGUAUUUUUCAACUCAUUAUAAUUUAAGAUGAUGUUUUCCUUCCUAACAUGGAAACUGAGUUCCAACAUCACAUGCUAAUAUGAAUAUCUACAAUUUUUAGAUAUGCGUGUGAAAUAAUUUGAUGAAGCUGAAAUAAUUUUGUAUAGUCAUAAAAGUACAAUCUGCACAAAAUCAAGAGUUCCAAAAUUUAGGAAAUAUCCGAGAUGUGAAGUGUUGCAUUUUGUGUGCAAAAGAGCAGUACAGACAGCCCUGGAAUGGAGGAUCGAACCGAGUAUUGUGCCAAAUCCCGCCUCCCUCGCUGUUGUGGGUCUGCAAUUUGGACGUUUUCCACAUCCAGUAAACAGAGUCACAGGCUUGUGAGACUGUGGUCCUUGUCAUUAGAGGAUCAGCACAAUUUAACAUAUCUCAGGUUCCUCUACAGAAGACCAUGUGAGAAGCAUGUAAUUAUGCAUAUUAGAAGCUCUCUUCUCUUUUGGCUAAAGAUGUGACUGAGAAUAAAACAAUUUGAACUUAAAAUGCAGUGAAUUAAACAAAUACACUGCCUUUCUUUGCCACUUCCUUUUUCCUUCUAAAGUUUCAUUCAUUGCAUUUAACUCUGCAUCACUUAAAUUAUACAGACUAAUUAACAUGGGUAAUGGUUUUUGUUUUUCAAUUCUAUGCCACAUUUUUGUCACUCUGUUCCAUUGUGAAUAUUGUCUUUUGGCCUCUUCAGUGAUCCCCACACACUUCAACGUCAAGAAUCUAUUUUCAAAAUCUUAGAUUUCUGACUUGCCUUUUGCCUCUGCAGUCCCUUUUAUAGCUUGGCCAAGUGUGGAAUAAACUGUCUCAGCACCAACUGCUUCCCCUCUGAGGAAAGGAAAUCCCACAUUGAACAGACUCCCUAAUUUAACUCUGAUAGCGAGUGUAAUUUAUCUUUGUUUUGUCUGUAAAUUAAAAUGAAUCAGGAAUGCCUGCAGCACUUUUCCCUCUUCUUGGCAGAAGUUAAAGGACUCUGCUUAGCCAUCUGCCACAAAGUGAACCCAGAGGGCCCAGCAGCACUGGGGAACCAGGCUUUGGAAAUUGAUCCAUGCUUACCUUGCCAUCAAUGCUGUGUUUGCGAAUUGGCUGGGCAGGAAGCAUGCGGAUGCACAUCCAGCCUCACCAGAAGUCACUCACCCUUCAUCAGAGAUGGGUGUGCUUAUCUUACUGCUCUUUGUUUAGGUGGAAAUUCCUACAGCUUGGACUCGGUGGAUUUCUAUCAUGCAGCUUUUGCAUAUAGGAUUCAACCAUGCAUGGGUCCCUACUCUGAGCAACAUUAGACUUCUUGAUAAUCUAAAAUAGAUCACAGAGUGGACUGAUACCAGCCCUAUUCAGAGCUACCAUCUUGUCAUUUGUAAACAUUCAACUCUUUCAUUCAUGUGAUUUAGACAUAACCUACACUCAACACAGGUUUAGUGUAAAUUAAUACGUAAUACAGAGAAGUUCAAGAGAGUCACAUAUGUUAAAAGGCCCUAGAAAUUGUUAAACUAAUGUCAUGUCAGGAUCUUCUUGUGAUGCCAGUCAUCUGUUCCCUGCACAUUUGUGACAUGUUUAUCCCAAGCCUUAGCUGGGGAAAUUUCCUAGUAAUUGAGUCAAAUUAUGAAAAAUAGAUUAUUUAUUAACAUUACUUCCUCUAUAUCCAAUUUAUUGUUACUGUUUCUUUCAAGGAAAUAGUAACUAUAUUUUAUAUACGUAUCUAAAUUUUUCAAUCUUUUAAAAAUUAGCAUGCUUUAUUAAGUAAAUUCUUUUUUUUUUUUUUGGUACUGGGGAUCAAACUCGAGUUCUUGUGCUUGCAAGGCAGGCAGUGGGUAUAAGUAAAUUCUAUAUAAAGUAUCACACUCUUUUUAUUGGCUGACUACACAUCCUUUUCCUAAGGCCCUUUUUGACUUUCCAUCUGACUGCCCUCUAACAGCUAGCUUUUGUUAUGUGGCCAUACUGUUGAAUCAUUUUCAUCAUAAAUAAAAUUCUGUAUGUGUUAUAAAGAAAAUAGACUAACCUGAUAUUUCAUAUGAAAUCCGUUUACCUUGACAAAAUCGGUUACAGAUUUUUUAAUUUGAAAAAAUUGACAAUCUUACCAUUUACAAAAACAGUCAUUAACCUACAAAGUAGCAAGUUCUAUGAGAUCACAGAAAUAACUGUGGAGGGAACACAAAAAUAGCAGCAUUACAAUGUUACUACAUUAUACUAGCUUACUACUUAAUAAGGAGCCCUAAGAAUUAGUUGUUCUAUUAUAAAAAAAAAUUGAUGAGACAAUUUCAUGGAACAAAUAUAUCUAUGACAAAACUCCAGGACAGUUAUUCACAUUUUCCUUUUCAAAAAAGAUGCUAAAAAACUUGGGUCUUUAGUCUGUUAUUAUAUAUUCAGAAAUUGAAGUUCUAAGGACUAAUUGUCAUCUAUUUAAAUAUUAGAAUAUAUUUCAUUUGACAUAUUUUCACUAACAGUAUCAAAUGAAAAGAAGUUUCUUAAUUUUAAGAUGAGUAACUUUCGGGCCGGGGAUUUAGCUCAGUGGUUCCGCUGCCUGUUCUGCAAAUGCAAGGACCCAAGUUUGAUCCCCGGUACCAAAAAAAAGAAUGAGUAACUUUCAUUAGUACUCUGUCACAGAUCUUGUCCAUGUCAUUAUAUUGCAUAAAGUUUCAUGUAAAAUUCAUAGCCAUUUUCCAAUGCAUAAUAUUAUCAUGUUUAAAAUGAGCCUGGUUGAAGAGAUUUCUUUAAUUUUUAUCUUUAACUCUUCAUUAAUAAUAUUAUUCACUUUGAUAUUUAUAAAACUUUGGCAGGAACCAUUUUGAAUGUAUUUUAGGGAAGAAGCAGGUGAGAAUAAAGUGAGAAAGUUGACAAUGUUACUAUGUAAAAAUCUCUGAAAAGAAUUUGGAAAGGAUAAAACAAAUUAACCUGAGAUGAAAAUGUUGGAAAAUAAGGAGUAUUUAAAAGGCCUAAUUUCUUACAUCGUUGGAAUAAUCAACUUAUUUCCCAGUGAUUAUUUCAUGCUGUUGGUUCUAUGAAUUCUGCAUAGUAUAUACUUUUGCUCAGCACUUUAAUAUUUCUACACUAAUUACUGAAAAGAAAGGAAGAAAUUGGUGAAUAAAAGCCAGAGAAACUGGGCUUAUUCUCAUUUUCCAGUAGUACUAAUGUAUAUCCCUUAACCUUCCAUAUGGUGCUUUGUGUGAUGAGUAUAUAACAUUUAUAUGUUAUUAGUGCCUUAUUUUUUUCACUUGACUUUAUUUCUUAUCUAAUGAGCCAUAUAUAUAUUUUUUGUGAGUGUUCUUUGACCCCUCUAUUUAAGAAGUAGUAAUGAGACAGUAUUCCAUUUAGGAUGUAUAUAAGGCUGUAUUUGCUACCGUAAUCUAGUGUGUGACCUCUAGAACAGCAGGUUAGCCAAUAUAUGUUUCUUAAAUUCAUUGUUCAUUUUUAAUUUAAAGUAUGAAAAUGGAGGGCUGGGGACGUAGCUCAGUGGUUCCGCUGCCUGCCUCGCAAGCACAAGGUCCCGAGUUCGAUCCCCAGUACCAAAAAAAAAAAAGUAUGAAAAUGAAGAUCAAAUACCAGGAACUGAAAACACCGAACUUGAAAUGUAUUUUGAAACCAUGAAAAAGAAUGCCGAGUACGCUUGAAACAGGAAUCGGAAUAUUUGUCAGGGUUACCGAUCACUGUAAGACAGAAUUACUUUUCAGAAAGUAUUGAAAAUAAAAGUAAUUAUAUGAUGCUACAGAAAUUUGACCGAUUCUCUACAAUUUGCCUUUGGAAAUGUUUUAUGAGGAAUAAAUUUCCAUAUACCAGAUUAUUUGCAGGUUCAUGUUUAAUUCACUUGCACUGUGCUUUAUCAAUGCCGAGCCAUUUUGUGUAACUUUUCUCUUCUUGAUUUGAGCCUUUGGUUUUGCUUUAUGUGGAAUGCUGGUCUUGUUGUUAUCUUUAUGUACCAUAGUAUAUAAUUCAGCUUUUCCUCAUGAAUGUAUGGUGAAUGAUUAAACCGUGUGCUUAGAAAAGACAGAGACAUAAGUUGUAUAUGCAAAUAUGUGUAAAUAUUUGACCCAGAAAAAAAAAGAAUGUUCCUGCCAACAGAUAGGUCCUGCUGGACAGGACCUUGAAAGUAACAGAUUUUUUUUUUUAAACAGUGAAAUUUUAAAAAUCUUUUACCUCAAGGAUUUCCAGUGGGUAUGUGUCAGUGUACUUUAAUAAGUACUAUCUCACUUGUUGCUGGUGGUGGAAACAAGCCAAGUAUCAGAUCACACAUGUUAGGGAUAGGUCUUUCUAAGUGUGGACACCUUGCGGUACUGUGGGGUCUAAUUCUGGAGUUUCAGUAACAUACCUAUGGCCUUUGGUUGUGGUUGAGCUUUUCUUUUUUAAUUAUUUUUGAUGAGUUGUUUUGGAAUGGGAGGGGACUCUUAAUUAUGAGAUCAGAUCUCAUGGGUGAACAUAAAGACACUCACUGGUCUUGGGUGAAAACCCUAAUGGGAAUCAAACUGUCUAAUUGUCUCUGUACGCGCUGCUGUCUGAUGACCGUGGAAUGCUGUUUACCGCGUGAUGCGUGUGAUACAUUGUGCAGAGCCAUCUAGCGAUGCCUAAUAAAACUUUUUCCAAGAGAA